UCCUUAACCCACUGAGCAAGGGCAGGGACCGAACCCGCGACCUCAUGGUUCCUAGUCGGAUUCAUUAACCACUGCACCAUGACGGGAAUUCCAGGGGUAACAUUUUCUUGAUGGGCAUCUCCUGAUUCUGCAACACCAGACAGAGAUUCAGUGUAUUUUGCACCAACAUUUUACACCUUGGGAAAACACACUGAACACAAGGUAAUGAAAAUUUUUGUGCCAGGGUAAAGUAGUUGUAAAAAGCCUAAUUAUGGAAUCCAUCAUCGGUGCUUCCGUUCUGAGUCCAGUUCUGGUAGCCUGUGUGCGGGUGGUGUGCUGGGCCCCAGUUGUGGGUCUCGGCAAUUGAAGAACGGAAGCAAUUAUCCAGCUAAUGUAAAGAAAUCCUGUGAAGGAGGAAAGAAAGGCGCCCCUCACCCUCUCGUCAAUUACUCCAAAUGGGUGUUUAUAGGGAAUUAAAUUCUUUGAUAAUUGUCUGCUCUUUUCCUCUGUCUGUCAGCGCCAUCAUCAGAGGCCUCAAGUGAGAGCCCUGGGAGUACUUCCGGCCUCUUCUCCAAGUCAGGCCAUGGAUCCAGCUGUCAUACACCCACUGGAGUGGGGGUGGCUGGCUUCACUGGUGCUUCUAGGACAGGUUGGUUUUAGUUGCAGGGCAUUCGUUGACCCUUAAGAAAUAUUAUAAUGCUUCCUGCUGUAUAGCACAGGGAACUACUGCCAAUCACUUGUGAUAGAACAUGAUAGAAGAUAAUAUGAGAAAAAGAAUGUAUAGGUAUGUAUGAUUGGGUCACCUUGCUACACAGCAGAAAUUGACAGGACAGUGUAAAUCAACUGUAAUAAAAAAAUUUAAAAAACUGUUAUGGUGCAAACGUAUGCCCAUUCCAAUGUGCCAACCAGCAUUUGCUCUGCAGGGAUUCACUCUGUGGUGGCCUACAAUUGACCCGUAUUAAAAGUAAGAUAAGUCCUGUUUCCAGCAUGGACCAGUCCAGGGGGACUUUCUGCCCACCUAGAAAGCACUGAGGGGCAGGUGUUGCAGAACCAGUGCUGGAUUAGGGGUCCAGGGUGUGGAGUCUCGUCACCUUCCAGCUGCAUAUCAUUUCCCAGGCCUCUUGCCUAUUCUGCGUCUUACUUUUCUCCUCUGUGGAAUAUGAUAGUAGCUUGCUUUCUGGCCAGCCUUCUAGGCUUUUUAAUCAAAACAUACAUGUAACAUUUAUGAUGCAUUUUAAGUGAAGAGACCUUAACAAACCAAGCACUCUACAAGUGUAAGAUGUUUUUAUUUAAAAAUUUUUUUGACUGUGCCCACAGUCUGUGGAAGUCCCCGGGCCAGGGAUGGAACCCAUGCCACAGCAGUGGACCGAGCUGCUGCAGUGACAAUGCUGGAUCCUUAACCUGCUGCGCCACAAGACAAUUCCCAACGUAAGAUGUUUUUUAUUUUUUAUUUUUAUUUUUGUAUUUUUGCCAUUCUUGGGCCGCUCCCACGGCAUAUGGAGGUUCCCAGGCUAGGGGUCUAAUCAGAGCUGUAGCUGCCAGCCUACACCAGAGCCACAGCAACGCAAGAUCCGAGCCACGUCUGCAACCUACACCACAGCUCACAGCAACGCCGGAUCGUUAACCCACUGAGCAAGGGCAGGGACCGAACCCGCAACCUCAUGGUUCCCAGUCGGAUUCGUUAACCACUGCGCCAUGACGGGAACUCCAAUUUUUUUAUUUUUUUAUCUUUUUGAAGAUGUUUUUAAAUAGAAAUUCAGUGGCAUUAUUUCAGUGCUGACAUCGGAGAAACAACAUUUGAAGUCUUCUGAGUGCACACAAAUGACUGUAAAGCUUAAAUCUCCCUUUGGUGAGGUUCCUUUAGGACAGAUCACUGUGCCUCAGGGCAGACUCGUCUCUACGACUAUCAUAACUGGACUUUUCUUUGGCUUUGUUUUCCCGUUGUUUAACUCUAUUCUCUUUGUCCUUUCUUUUCAAGCAUGGGGAGUAAUGGGAAGACUGGAGGAAUUUUACAGAUAGUGAGUGAAAAUAAGUUGAAAGACCUCCGGAAAGAGAAAAGAGAUUCUUGAAAAACAGGCAAUGGUAAUUUAAAAAUCUCUUUUUUUUUUUUUUGUUUUUUUCAUCUUUUCAGAAAUGACAGACUCGGGAACAGCGUUAACUUAAAAAAAAAAAAAAAAAAAAAAAAAUUGAAGUCAACACCCGGCACUGCCCUUUCUUGGCUUAGCGAGACAUAUGGUAGAAACAGAUUUUUGUGAUCCUCUGUAGUCUCCGGUAGUGGUCACGGCAUUCAUGUGACGUUGGCACAGUUGGCUCAUUUAGAAGGCUCUGUGAUGUUUUAGAAGCCUAGUGACUCUCUGUGUUAUUUUUUUCAUCCUGCAGGAUGUGAUGAAGCUCAUUCCUUUUCAGCUCUCUGAGACAUAACCACGUUUAUGACGCAGGGUAAUAAAAGGACUCUCAAAAGCAGGACCCAGAAUAUCCAGUUUCCAAAAGGGACCAGUGCAGGCCUGUGCUCAGCCGGAGGAUGGCGGGCUGCGGGUGUCGCUGAAGAACGCCAAGUUCAAGGGCAGGGUGGGACGUGUGGGGAACGCCCUGGGGGCAAUGCCAAAGGGGCUGGUUAGAGGAUUCGAAAACUUGGACAUGGUCGAGCCUCUGGGACCUGGGUCCAGGCGCCCCGGUCUUUGUGGAGACGGUCUGAGUGCCUUGCCUCACGGAGGUCUGGACCCAAGGAACAUUCCUCUUCCUGACUUGCUUGUGUCUCCCCCCACCCUGCCCACCGCCUUUGGAGUUUUGGUCAAAUAUGUUUAUUCUUCCUGGAGCUGAGAAAAAGACAGAAGGCGGAGGGAGGAAGGGACUAAUAAUUAGGCCUCUUUGGAAGGUGAGAGACAAAUUGGCAGCAUGGCUGCCCUGGGAGAACAUAAUGGGGCUUUGUUUGCCACUCCGAGCACCAGAAAUCAUGGUGUCACAGGGCUUUGGGGUCCUGCUGGCUGUGGGAGAGCCUGGCCCUGCUUGUGCCAAGCAAGGCUGCCUAAGUGGACCGCUGGUACACACCAGUGUUUCUCUGCCAUCUCUGCCCGGGUCCCUCUAGAGAGUCUGUCUGUUUGGGGUGCUGCAGUAUUUGGAAUUGACCCAUCCCCCUUCCACCCUUUUUUUUGGCUUCUCUCAUCCUUCUUGCAGAAAGGCUGGGAAGCGGCCAUUGGCAUGUGUGGUGGCAGUGCUGCAUGCUCGACUUUGGGGCUGGGGGCGAGGGGUCCCGGAGAGGACAGGCUGCCCCCCCUCAGCCCCUCACUCUUGGCUUUCUCCCCCCUCUGCCUCCCCACCGCCAGCGCAUUCAAUUCCCUGCCUUUGUCCAGGCGCAGGACACAGCAGCACCACCUCCUUGGCUCCGCUUUCGCAUUUGGAAGCCAAAGUCACUCCUCCAGCUCGGGCGGGCACUGUGCGUUUCUUGUGCGUGCCCCUGGCUUGUUGGGAAGAUCAGGACGGGCGGGGACUCUGACCGCCCGUUGUCCGGAGAGUUGGCGAGGGUGCAUGUGCUGUGGUGUUGUUGGUUAUCUGUAAGCAAACUGCACAAACAAGUGUCUGGAAUUAGAUCCAUUGCUCUAGGACCCCGUUUCCUUUUUCCAUGUAGACUUCCUCAACAGAAGCCACUUUUCGCUUGAUUAACUGUAACAAACCCUCUUUGGAGUUUUGCGUUUUGGAAACCACGUUGCCAAAGGAGAAUCAUAAUGCCUGUUGGAAAAGCCUCAAAUAAAUUCCUCCUCGUAUAAAUGGAGAAGACAGAAUAGAAGGCUUUAAUCUAUCUUCUUGCCUAUUAGUGAAAUACUACUGAGUGACCUAGUUCAUCUGCAUGUGAAAUGUGCGAGACCUGUCUCCGCUUUUUUUCCCCUUACUCGUUACCUUGGAAACGAUGCCCUGGCUCAGGAACUGCCUGAGGCCUGCUGCAAACCUUCCCUGUGGCUUCUGCACGCUGAGAAGGCAGUUAAUGGGGAAAGGUUGGAUUUUUCCAAAAUGUCUUCAGCAGGUAGUAGUGAAGAGAGAGGAAGGAGGAAAAAGCGAGAGAGGUUUAUUCGGGUAAUAUUUCCAGGAUACUACUUGUAAAUAAACUGCAAGCGGUUUUGCCCAGAUUUCACAAGAACAGAAGUCUGUGGCCUCUGAUCUCGUGAGACUCCCCAGGUGUCUUUGGCAGCACUAGCAAAGGAAGAUCCGCUAACAAUUGACACUGGAUUUCAAACCUACCAUUAGGGAGUCUCGCCUCUCACUGCUUUGGUUAAUAGCACUGUUCUUCCAGAACGUUUCCUGGCGUCUUGCAUUCUCAGGCCAACUUUUUCAGGAGACUGAGAAACAUGAAUUAAAAAUAGGAUUCAGUCGGCUGCCAGAGAGCAAAAUUGGCCCAUCGUCCCAGCUGAAUUUGUAGGCUCUGCAUGUCCUGGGGCAGUGGAGAACCUUCUGGAUCUUCUACAGUCUCACCACCUGGGUGAGGAGAUCGCCCAAGGCGUGCCUCUGGGCUAAACAUCAGAUUUCUUGACUCCACCUGUUAGAGCUCUUUCAGCAUCAGUCCUGACCUCUUAGAUCACCUGCUCCAAGUUCUGUCCGAACUGAAGGUGCGGGAAGGAAGCGUGAGAAGGCUAUUUUCUCUUGAAUGAAGCCAGCCACCAGUCAACCUGGUGUCAUCAAAUCUUUCAUCUCCUCUUACUAGUAUUGGUUGUUCAUACAAAACAUUAGGGCGAGUCUGGAACCACAGGUGCUCUUGGUAACUCCAUCUUUUCUGAAGUCCCAUUGACCAUGUUUUGUUGUGGCCAUAGGAACUCUCCCCCCGCCCCCAGCCCCGACCCCCAGUUUGAGGAGACAACAUGGCCUUUAGGCCUUUUCUCUUGAACACUUGGAAUUUGGACAUGGUAGCCUGAGGCAAUCACAGAGUCUUGAAAAGCGGCUUUCAGCCAGGAUAGUUUUUUCAGAGGACCCAGAAUUCUGGUCAUGGACUUUAACUGGAAAGUCUGCAGGGAAACGUAGGAAACGGGUGUCAUACCCUCUCGGUAUUUGUUCCUGGUUUACAAAUGUUUUCUUACCUGUUGCUGAUUCAUUCAACAGUUACCAAUCUGGUCUUAAGGGCUACCCACCAUGCAGGUGCUGGGGAGGCAGAGUUGAGUAUGACACACGAUCACUGGCUUCAGUAAUGUUUAGACAUAUGCCUGUUUGGUAACUUCGGCGUUUUAGACAGAGAUGAACACUUGGGCUGCUUGCAUUUAAUGUGAAGCAUUGAAUAACCCUUUUUGUAAGAUAGCAGUAGUUCAAGCAUCCUUAUUAUACUAAGAAUAAUUCAGAAGGUCUUCAGAAGGUCUCCCCUCUCAUUUCCUCCAAAACAAGCUCUGGUGCCAGAGAGUGUAGGGGGUCCCCGCCUUUGGCUCAGAGAGUUAUUUGAGACUGAAAGCUGGGGGUGGGGAGGGAGCCGGGGCCAAGAAUGGCAGAGUUCCCGAGUCUCUGUAUGUGUAAAUACCAGAAGGAUCUAUGGACAGUGCAGUGGAUGAGAGAAAGGGGUGGGGAAGCAAUGAAUAACAGCAAUAUUAAGUAUAAUUUACUCCAACCCCUGCCAUGAUCCAGGCUCCUUAACUAAGCGAUUCCUAUGUAUGUUCUCAUUUAUUUCUCUUCACCCCGUGAGGACGGUCUAGUUGCGUAUCCCUGCCUCACUGCUGGGGACAGGGAUGCUGUGAGGGUCAGCAACACGGACAAGGUGCUAUGGCUACAUCGUGGAGCAGGUGUUUAAUCUGGGGGCUGUCCGCAGUCUGAGCCCACCGGCUCUCGCCUUCGCGCAGCACUUCACCUUCUUUUAACAAGUUGGAAAUUGGUCAGGAUCACGGGCUCAUUUGUUUCCUCCUUUUAAACAUGAAAAUGGGAUCUCUGUGGGAAGGAAAAUUAUACUGGAGCAUUGAGAAUAAAAGUGAGACUCUAGGACCCAGCGGGUAAAAUGAAGUGGAAAUUAAAGGAAUCGCAUAAAUAGCUUUGACUUCCAGCCCACUUUACCUUAAUUAGACGAUUUCGGCUGACCACUCAAUUAGGAUUGGGGGGGGACAUGGGGGGAGGCGGAGCUGGUGCAUUCUGGAGAAAUACAACCUUCCGUGUUCUAGGUGGAAGUAGGGCUGCUGCCUCCUCUUGUCCAGUACCAAGGAGUAUGCUUUGCUUUCGUCCCACACAGCGAAUUCAUAAUUAAUGGUAGUUAUUUUGCCUCUUUUGUGGGUACCAUGCUACUGUGCACACUUGUCUUCAUUUUUAGAGACUCCUGCUGUGGCAUGUGGAAGUUUCCGGGCCAGGGGUUGAGCCUGUACCAUAGCCGUGACAACACUGGGUCCUUUACCCACCAGGCCACCAGGGAACUCCUGGGGACUCAUGCUCUGCCACAGUAAAGUGAACAUAAUCCCUGCCCUCAGAGAGUUUGCAGGGGAAGGUGUCAUUAUAAUAUAGUGAGGUCGGUGGGUGGGAGUAGGCUCCAGUAAGCAUAGCGUGAAUUCCUAUUUAAAUUUUAGCGGUGGGGAAAAACAAGCGAGUAGAAAGAUAUUUUGGACAUCAUUUUACAAGGAGCUUGAGGAGCUCCUAAAAAAACGGUUCUCAGAAUGCUUUGCCAUAAGACUUGUGAUUUUUAAGUCGUGGUUUAAUGUUGAUUACGGUGAGAUUCUGAUCAGUGACGCUUCUAUUCAGAUCUGUGUGGUAGAGGCCUUCCUGUGCUUGAUAUCCAAACUGCAAGCAAGUCUGUUCGGUACCCUUUCCAUCUCAUUUUCCUUGUUCGUGCCUCCGUUGUGUGCAUUUAUUUUCCUUGCAGCUUUGCAUGAAUUUGGUCCUAGGUAGCGUGACCCUUUGAACCGGAUUUUAGAGGUCAUCACUUAAGGCACCUUAGUUAGUCAUCCUGGUCAGUGUUUUGAGUUUUUCCCCAACCAGACCCCUAAGUGACCUCAACUUCUAGUCAGUCUUGUGAAAACGAGUAUAAUUCGGUUUCAUGCAGCAGGUCUCUUUUUGGCAAAAAUCACAUUUCUAGGCAAGUUUACUGGCUGUGCAGGUUACUUUGAAAUAUUUUUAGUGCUUUGAAAAAAAAAAAUCAAAGUCAGUGGAGCCGAAGGCAAAGGGAAAGAAUGAUAUUUUUCUUUAUGAUGUGCAGCAAAAUAUGCGCGAGUGAUACCAUUCCAGUAUAUUAAGUUAAUUCAAUCAAUCCAAAGUUAAUCCAUUUUGGACGGGGUUGUGUGGUCCUUGUUUGUGGAGUAAUGUAAUUGUGACAGAGUAAUUAAUACCCUACAGAGGGAUUAGCAGUAAAGAUUGAGAUAAAAGAACAAGGGGGGAAAAAAAGGACUGAGCUGUCUGGAAGCCAGGGGAGUGUGGAAAAUGCUGAGGUGUGGCACUUCUUGAGGGUGAUUUUUGGCUUUCUCGACUCUAAUUAUAUACAUUUUCACAUCUGCCAGUGAUAAUCAGCUGGGUCAGACAGGGAAAGCAUGAUGGAAAUCCUGGAGUCCUGGGGUGGGUCAGCAAGAAUGAGGUUCCAGCCAGGCCACAGGCCCGAACCCGGUGCUUUGCUGUGUGCUCAUCUCUGUAAUUGACAUGCUUUUGUUAUUUUGUCAUUCCGUACCUUUUUGGCCGUGACUUCACCUCCUCCAACCUUAGAAAAUCAGGCAUUUCCCCCAAACGCAUCCUUGCUUUUCUCUCGGAGCACGCUGGGCCUCUCAGGGCCACCAGAUUGUUCCCGCGUGUUCGGUGUUCUUGCCCCGUCUCUUGGCUCUUGCAGUGUCUAAUGGGCCGCCUGUGCUUCCAGAUUGAACGCAUUCACUUUGCCCCAAACGCAAGUGAUGGGAGAAGAGGCAGCAGAGAGGAGAAAGUGGAAGCGGAGCUGCAAUUUCGUGUUUUCCACAGAGCUAAUGACAGUUGGAAAAAACUCUGGGAACCAGCCUGGGAGAGCCUUGCCCUUGGCCUUCCUCACUGCCCCCGCCCAGGCAGCAGAGCAAUUCUUCUAUGCCUUUCUCCACCUGGCUGACACGGUAGAUAGGCUUUUGUAUUGAAUUAUUAAAAAUUCUGUGGUUUGGCUUUAAGAUCCAAUCAUUUGUUCACAGAUGAAUUAGACAUUAGUUUUAGUUUUAAUUGUUGGUCCUCCAUUUGUUGUCCUUUUUGGCCAUCGUCCUGGUGUUCAGGUGUCCGCUCGCCUUCUCUACUUGGCUCCAGGCAGCCUGCUCCAGGUCUCACUGGACCCGAGCCAUCUGGGCCAGGUGCUGUGGCUGUGGGCUGUUUCUUUGGGUCAGAUAGGCUGGUCUGCCGAGCUGGCAUCCUCGGCCUGGUCAUAGUGGCUGGUCACUACCUGUAAUAUUUCUCAGAGACUUCUGCAUGCAACACCUCCAUCAUAACUGCAAUGGGCAAGAGCUUAUUUUUCUUAAAAAGGGGAAUGGAAAAUUUGUUUCCACUAGCAUUUCUAUUUUCUCUGGGCCACUAAAUAGGAAUUUUUUUAUCCUAGACAAAACCCUGGAAGGAACCACUAAUGGGAAAAAAAAAAAAAAGGCUAUUGUGGGCUGUUAAAAUGUCCCAACACAGAUACUCUAGCCAGUUGUCGUAUAUACGUAUACAUUCUUUUAAAUCUUUAAACAUCCUUUUGGUUUUAUAGCUUUUGAGAAAAAGUGUUUACCUGGCACCUAAAUGCAAAUGUUUGAAUGCUUUUGCAUAAAUUCUCACACGAAAUUUCACAUAAUAGUUGCAGCCAAAUUACUUGCUUUUUUAAAAAUGUCUGUCUUUCACAUUGUUUAUGAAGAUCCGGCCUGAAUAAACAUAACCUGGGGAGCUUUUGCUGUCUAUAGAUAAGCCUAAAUGUCAUCCCGAAGCUGCAUAAAAUAGCUCCGAUGAGAAGAACUCUUGAAAAGCAAGACUGGUAACGGGGAGUGAUAGCUGUGUGUGAAAGCCUUAAUGUUGAAGCACAUUCGUGUCAAUGCAAUUUUCUUGUCCUCCUUGUUAUCUUCCAAUUUUAGUGGGAAAACUAAUAACAAUGUUGUUUCAGAGACGUGGUUAAAAAAUAAUCAAAUUUAACAGAAAAUGAAGCACUGGCCUUUGGUUAAACAUUCAUUUACUCCGCUCUCUCUGCCUGUUUUUAAACAGAACCAUGAGUUCUUUUUUGCACGGUUGCAUGGAUUGGUGUUAACUCUUUCUCGGGUCACCCCUUGGUUCAAGGCUCCAGAUAUUUAACUUGCUCCUGGUCCACGUGUGAAACGCUGCUCUUGGGAUGGGUUUGUAUGUUUUUGGGAAUAGCAUUUCUUGGAAUCGGACUGUGGGCGUGGAAUGAAAAAGGAGUCCUGUCCAACAUCUCGUCCAUCACUGACCUCGGCGGCUUUGACCCGGUUUGGCUCUUCCUCGUGGUGGGAGGAGUGAUGUUCAUUCUGGGAUUCGCAGGGUGCAUCGGAGCUCUGCGGGAGAACACCUUCCUUCUCAAGUUUUUUUCUGUGUUCCUGGGAAUUAUUUUCUUCCUGGAGCUCACUGCUGGGGUUCUGGCAUUUGUUUUCAAAGACUGGAUCAAAGACCAGCUGUAUUUCUUUAUAAACAACAACAUCAGAGCAUACAGGGAUGACAUUGAUUUGCAAAACCUCAUAGACUUCACCCAGGAAUAUUGGCAGUGCUGUGGGGCUUUUGGAGCUGAUGAUUGGAACCUAAAUAUUUACUUCAAUUGCACAGAUUCCAAUGCAAGCCGAGAGCGAUGCGGCGUGCCCUUCUCCUGCUGUACUAAAGACCCCGCAGAAGAUGUCAUCAACACUCAGUGUGGCUAUGAUGCCAGGCAAAAACCAGAAGUUGACCAGCAGAUUGUCAUCUACACGAAAGGCUGUGUGCCCCAGUUUGAGAAGUGGUUGCAGGACAACUUAACCAUCGUGGCUGGUAUUUUCAUAGGCAUUGCCCUGCUACAGAUUUUUGGGAUAUGCCUGGCCCAGAAUCUGGUGAGUGAUAUUGAAGCUGUCAGGGCUAGCUGGUAGAGCGCCUGCAACAGCUGCUUCAAGACACUGGACAGACCCAGCCUUCCUGACCCUCCAGUGUGCCCAACUGAUACCCAUGCUGCACAGAGCCUAAUCACACAGGCAUCCUUCAAUCCCACCUGAUGGAGCUGCCAAGAACUGGGGCGGGGGGGAGGUUUGGGGGGCGGGGGAAGCUGGGAAAUGCUGCUCACUGACAGAAUUAAACAGAUCAACAAAAUAACCCGUAUGAAAGUCCUUGCGCCGUGAAUCUCUACUCGUAGCCAUGAAUUUCUGGAUGGUUGCAUACUUACCAAAAAAAAAAAAAAAAGAAAAGAAGGGAGGCUGGGGACCCCGGGGGACCCA